CACUGUAAAUGGAAGCAUUCGCAUUCGACGCAGCGAAAGCAAUUGAUGCUGGUGUCUUUUCUUUUCAGUGUAACUGUCGAAAAGUAAAAAUAAUUUUAAUAAAGAAUUGUGAUUUUCAAUUUCGAAAAUGACUACUCAACCAAGUCACAGCAGAAAGCGAGUUUGCUACUAUUAUGACAGUGACAUCGGGAAUUUUUAUUAUGGACAGGGACAUCCCAUGAAACCUCAUCGCAUACGCAUGACCCACAACUUGCUCUUGAAUUAUGGGCUAUACCGUAAAAUGGAAAUCUAUCGACCACACAAAGCCACAGCUGAAGAAAUGACCAAGUUCCACAGUGAUGAUUACAUUCGAUUUCUUCGAAGCAUCAGACCUGACAAUAUGACAGAAUACAAUAAACAGAUGCAGAGAUUUAAUGUGGGUGAAGACUGUCCUGUUUUUGAUGGGCUCUACGAAUUUUGUCAAUUAUCUGCUGGAGGUUCUGUAGCUGGAGCUGUGAAGCUCAACAAGCAAGCAACUGAGAUAGCUGUGAACUGGGCUGGGGGAUUACAUCAUGCCAAAAAGUCUGAGGCAUCAGGAUUCUGCUAUGUAAAUGACAUAGUGUUGGCAAUUUUAGAGCUUCUGAAAUACCACCAACGUGUUUUGUAUAUUGACAUUGAUAUUCAUCAUGGUGAUGGAGUGGAAGAAGCCUUUUACACUACUGAUCGUGUAAUGACUGUUUCAUUUCACAAAUAUGGAGAAUAUUUUCCUGGAACUGGAGAUCUCAGAGACAUUGGUGCAGGCAAAGGAAAAUAUUAUGCCGUAAAUUUCCCCCUGAGAGAUGGAAUAGAUGAUGAAAGCUAUGAGCAAAUCUUCGUACCUAUCAUGUCAAAAGUGAUGGAAACUUAUCAGCCGAGUGCAGUGGUUCUCCAAUGCGGUGCCGAUAGUUUGUCUGGUGAUCGUUUGGGAUGCUUUAAUCUUACUUUGAAAGGUCACGCAAAAUGUGUUGAUUUUGUUAAGAAACAUAAUCUGCCUUUACUGCUGCUUGGAGGUGGUGGUUACACUAUUCGAAAUGUUGCCCGUUGUUGGACUUACGAGACCGCAGUGGCACUGGGAAAUGACAUUGCAAAUGAACUCCCUUACAACGAUUAUUUUGAAUAUUUUGGUCCCGAUUUUAAAUUGCACAUUAGUCCGUCUAACAUGGCAAAUCAAAAUACUCCGGAAUAUUUAGAUAAAAUCAAAACUCGUCUUUUCGAAAACCUCCGCAUGUUACCUCAUGCUCCUGGAGUCCAAAUGCAAGCAAUUCCCGAGGAUGCCAUUAACGAAGAUUCCGACGAAGAAGAUAAAUCUAAUCCCGAUGAACGUAUAUCUAUACGAGCAUCAGAUAAAAGGAUUGCACCAGACAAUGAAUACAGUGAUUCCGAAGAUGAAGGGGAUUCCCGCCGAGAUCAAAGAUCAUUUAAAGGAGCAAAUCGCAAAAGACCAAGAACCGAAACAGCUGAGGGUGCUGCAGAGGUCAAAAAGGAAGAAAAGGAGGACAAAGAAGUGAAUGGCGAGAAUAAGGAAGGUACUUCAAAAGAGACGGUAAAGGAUUCGGACAAGAAAAAUGAGACAACACUGAAGUCUAGUGGUGAAUCUUCUAGUGAAGGUAGUGCUUUGUCCAUGGCGAAUGAAAUAAAAGAACCCGAAGAAGAUAAAUCUACAUCGCAUGAAUUAAGCUCCCCUGUUCCGGUUUGCGCCGAUAGCAGUAAAGGAGAAAAAGUUUGAAAAUACCAAUUAGGGUUUUAUUUCAUUUUUUCGCUAAUUUUACACUGAUGGUGAUUCUUCGAGAUUCAUUCACAUCCAAUUUUCUACGUGUAUCUUAAUUAGAAUGUAAACUCCGGCUCCUAUCACCAACUGCAUACCCUCAAUCGGGUUCUCAGUCUUCAAUACAUUUUUACUAAGUUUUUCA